AUGAGAAAUUUGUACAGAAAUAUCUACAAAAUAAGGCAAGUAUACAAGGUCACAAGAACACAGAUGAAACUGCACCAUUUUUAUAGAUCUAUUCAACAGCAAUUGAAAGAAGAUAUAAAAAGCCGAAGAAUGGAUAGUCGGCUUGGCAGAAUCCACCCUUUCCCGUACCUUCUGUCUAAUAAACGCAACGUUUUGUAUCCAACAGUUAAAAAUGACCUUUUCUUUAAUCAACAACAACAACAAGAACAACAAGAGCAACAUGAACAACAAGAACGAUGGACAGAAGAAUAUGAAGGAGGAAGCCUACCUGAACAGCACAAAGGAACACUGUUAUGCCUACGCAGGAAGUCGAUUGUCGUCGGGUUUUCACCUGGAUACAGUCCUACAGCCACCAUAAUACCGAAAAAGAAAGACAAAAUACUAAUACGGCGCUGCUCUUCACAAACAACUACUAAACCGGAUAAACCUAGCAAAUUCUUAUUACAAUCUAAUCAUUCACAUAAAUUUCAACCUUAUGUGAAGCCAGUAAAGAAGCCAAUGAAUGCAUUGUUUGGUGAUAUACCAACUCAAUCUCAUGAUACAUUUGAUUAUGGUGCUCACAUACUGGACGAUGAGACGGUAUUUAGUGAAUUUGACUGGAUCACUACACACACACCAACCAAUCAUCUUCCUCUUUCUCCUCCUCUAUCUCCCUCUGAUUCUCAUGAAUCCUUCAUGUUGGAAUCAUUGGAUGAUUACGUUCUUUUUCCUUGAAAUAAAAUGCCUCUUUUUUUUUUUUUAUAAAACAAUAUUCUUUACAACGGAUUUAAUUUCAUCUACUUUAUCUAACAAUGCUUGAGUCACUUGAACUAGUUCCUUUCGGUGUUGUCGUGCAUUGGUGUGGACUCCACAAGAAAAUGCGUCUAAAUCGAAUAAGAUCAACAUCAAUUGCUCACCAAGGUAAGCAGCUUUGUAAAUCUGUGCCUUCUUUUCUUUUUCUGUCUUUUCAGACUUGUUUAAAAAUGCCUUCACUUCCUUUUCGUAAGUCUUGAUUUGGGGAGCUAAUUCGGUAUCUACUUUGGUCUUGAGUACUUGUAAUUUGUCUAUUA